AUGGCACAGUCAUUCCCAGCAGAGAAACCAUUGAUCACAUUAACUCACACAAAACCAUCAUUAUGGAUCAUUGAACUGCACAACGGUCAAGACAAUCGUUUAACACUCGAACUCGUUGACAACGGUCUCAAGCCCGCGCUCGACACCGUAGAGCGGGAAUGGCGCGACCAGUGGAGAGCAGCGCAAAAGGCCAAGAACUUAGAGGCAGGCAGGGGCGCUCUCAUUAUUGUUGGUCGGAAGGAUCAGGACAAGUUCUUUAGCAAUGGUCUGGACUUUCACAACGUCGUCACAAACCCAAACUUUUUCCCUACUACAUUCAACCCAUUGUUGGCCCGGUUAUUAGCCUUCCCGAUCCCCACAAUUGCUGCUAUCAACGGCCACUGUUUUGCUGGUGGUUUCAUGCUUUCGUUAGCAUGCGAUUAUCGCGUCAUGACUGAUGGAAGCAAACGAAACGCAUGGCUGUGUAUGAAUGAGGUGCACUUCGGUGCAAUUUGGCCGCUGUCCUUCGCAACGAUUCUGCGUGCUAAAGUCGGUGACCAUCGUUUGCAACGCAAGAUUGCUCUUGAGGGCCACCGGUUCACUGCCUCUGAAGCAUACGCCGACGGCCUACUUGACCAUAUCGUCAAGGGAAAUACCACAGAUAUUUUGGCAAAAGCUGAGGAAGUUGCGGAGAAAUUUAGCGCGAAUGCAGCCAAUGGCGUCUGGGGUUUGAUCAAGAGCGAUCUAUACCGCGACACUUUGGAGAUGAUACGGAGAGAUACCAGGCUAAUGAAUGCCCAAAUAGACGAUGCGGCUGCUAAGGCGCGAUUGUAA